ACCCACCACUGCCGCUCUUUCCGCAACACAGAAAAAAGAAUCGAGCGCCUCCCCCUCCGUGCGCCUCCCCUUCUCCCAUCGUCACCUCUCCCGCCGCCGCCCAAACCCUAGGCGCGCCCUCCAAGGUUUGACGCCGGCGGCCUCAUCUCUCAUGCGGAAUGGAUCCCCAAGAAGAUGAUCUUCCUUCCAGUAUAGCGACCCUGUCUCGUUCAUUGGGGCCCGGGCGCCCUUCCUCCCGCAGGCGCCGGCCGACCCUAGGGCCGUUGAGGGCACCCAGCUCCCUGGGCGCUCCCGUGGAGGGCGCAGUUCUGGCCCUAGCGCCGGCCGUGGCCGUGGCCCUAGCGCCGGCCGUGGCACUGGUGCCGGCCGUGGCCGAGGCGCGCCCUUCCCUCCUGGCGCGGGCCGUGCACAAGGAGAUGGCCAUGGACUGGCCUCUGCAGUGAAGCUAUGCAAGCCAACAAACGUGCUGCAGCACAAAAGAAAACAAGAGAUGUGGGUGAUGCAAUAGACUGGAAUGACACAAAUACAUCAAUCAUAUGUUCGUUAUUUGCCAAACAAGUUAAGAAGGGCAAUAGGCUGAACACUCACUUGAACUCAGUAGGCUAUGAGGAGGUGGCAGAAACUUUUUAUCAAAUGACAGGAAUAUAUGUAACCAAGCUGCAAUUGAAGAACAAGUGGGAUAAGCUUAAGCCUGAUUUAAUGGCAUGGCAAAAAGUGUUAAAGCAAACCGGAUUGGGGCGGAAUGCUGCUGGUGAGAUUACAAUGGAUGAUGACUGGUGGAAGAAGACAAAGAAGUACAGGAUAUUCCAAGAAGUGGCAAGUUCAAGAAGAGACCAUUGAAAAAUGAGGAAGACAUGAGAAUUAUGUUCGGUGACAUCGCUAAUGACGAAUCUGAUCAUUGGAAUCCUCUGAGUUCUAACCCCAUCAUACCUCCAUCUAGAGAUGAUGUUUAUGAUAUUCCCGAAGAUGGUGAUUGUGGGGAUGAGAUAAACAAUGAUGCUGAGGUUGGAGAUGGGACCAACAAUGACGAUGAGGUUGAGGGGGAUACUCCUUCUCCUUCCAUUAUUCUAGAAAAGAGAAGAGCUCAAGGUGGACCUGACAAAUUGAAGAAACCUAUAGUUGGCAUAGCACUUGUCAUUCAAGAAGCAGUGACCAAGAUUGCUGAAACUGCUUCUUCUUUUACCUCAAAAAAAUUUGGGGAAGUUACUGUCCAACAAGUCAUGGAAGUGGUUUUAGAAUGUGGGGCAGGCUAUGAUACAUAUGAACAUUACAUUGCCACUGAGUUGUUUGUCAAGAAGGACCAAAGGGAAAUGUUCAUGACCCUGCCCACCAAUGAGAUUAGGUUCAAUUGGCUUAGGAGGAAGUUCAAUGCCAAAUAUGGCGAUUGAACUAUUUUAUUUUAUCAUGUUUGAUGUCAUUUGAACUAUUUAUCCUAUAUCAUUUGAACUGUGUAUCCUAUGUCAUUUGACCUAUGUAUCCUUUGUCAUUUGAACUAUGUAUCCUAUGUCAUUUGAAGUAUUUAUCCAAUGUCAUUUUAUUUUAUAAUGUUGUGUUUGUAUCCUAUGCUCUAAUUUUUUUUUGUGCCAACUCCUUUGUAGGAAAUUGAAAGUGAGAGUGAUGAAUCUGAUGAUGAAAUCGAGCAAUAUUGUAAUCUUAUUUUGGGUGCAAGUGAGAUUGCACUAAUAUAUACUGAUCUUUAUCUUUCUAAAAAUCCACCAAGGACAUCGAUCCUUAGCGGCAUGGGAUGGCUUUUGGAGACAUUGCGGACUCCAAGUGAAUGCCAUAGUCAACUUCUAUGAGCACAGAAAUAUUUAUGGAUCUACAUGAUUUGUUGGUGCAAAGGUAUGGAUUGGAAUCUUCUAUGCAUAUGGACACAAAAGAGAUGCUUGCAAUAUUCCUAUACACAGUUAGUGGAAAUGAGUCCAAUAGAAGAGGUCAAAAUAGAUUCAAGCAUUCGGGAGAAACUAUUAGUAGAAAAAUUGAUGAGGUGCUUAAUGCUUUAAUGGCUAUGGCAUGUGAUUUCAUUAGACCAAAAAAUCCGAACUUUCCCAGUACCCACAAGAGGAUAAGAGAUGACAGACGUACUUAUCCACACUUCAAAGAUUGCAUUGGUGCACUAGAUGGCACUCAUAUUCGAGACUCCCUCUCACCUGAGGAUCAAGUGAGAUAUAUUGGCAAAACCGGUAUACCUACUCAAAAUGUUCUAGCAGUAUGUGACUUCGACAUGCGCUUCACAUAUGUUUCCACGGGACAACCAGGUUCUAUGCAUGACACAAGUGUUCUGUACAAUGCAAUUAAAGUGGACGAAACAUUCUUCCCACAUCCUCCACAAGGUCUAGGCAAAUAUUAUGUUGUCGAUGCAGGAUAUCCUAAUCGCCCUGGGUACCUCUCUCCAUACAAGGGUGAAAGGUACCAUAUGCCAGAAUGGCAUAGAGGUACGAAACCUAAGACUCCAAUGGAAAGAUUCAAUCGCAUUCACUCAUCCAUCCGGAAUGUCAUUGAGCGGUCAUUUGGAUUAUUAAAAAUGAAAUGGCAAAUUCUUUACAAGGUGCCAUCCUAUCCGAUGUACAAGCAAAAGAUUAUUGUUGUGGCAACUAUGGUCCUUCAUAAUUUUAUUCGGGAGCAUGGAGGUGACGAAGACUUUGCUCGUUUUGAUCGUGAUCCUAAUUUCAUACCAACGAUUCCAGAAAGAUACAACAAAUAUGUUGUGCCUUCAUCGGCAUCCGAUGCGUCAACAUCUGCACCAAACGCUCCAACAAUGGAUUUAUUUCGUGAUGAGCUGGCGAUUGUAGUUUCUCUUGCUUGGAAGUAGUCGAUAAAGUUUAUUAUUCUCAUUUGUAUGUGAACUUGAAACUUGCACGUGAAUUGUUUCAAUGAAUGGUACAUUUUCGACACUA